AUGACGGCUGACACGCAGCCACCUCCACAACCAAAAAAGAAACGGCGGGUUUCAGUUUGUGUUGGAUGCGGAUCUCAAAUUCACGAUCAAUUUAUAUUAAAAGUGGCUCCGGACUUAGAGUGGCAUGCUUCGUGUUUGAAAUGUGCCGAAUGUAACCAGUAUCUGGAUGAAAGUCACACCUGUUUCGUUCGGGAUGGAAAAACAUACUGCAGACGGGAUUACGUGAGAAUAUUUGGAGCGAAGUGUAAUAAAUGCAAUCAAACGUUUGGAAAGAGUGACUUUGUUAUGAGGGCUAAGAACAACGUCUACCAUAUAGAUUGUUUCCGUUGUGUUGCCUGCAGUAGACAACUAAUCCCGGGGGAUGAGUUCGCCUUACGGGACGACGGACUCUUUUGUAAGGCAGAUCACGAAGUUGUAGAGAGAGCGUCUUCGAAGGAAAAUGGAAGUGAAGACGGAAGUCCAAGGAUUAACAACAAUAAUAAUAUUGUGACGAAACGUGCAAAUAAAAAUAACGAUGACAAUAACAACAAUGAGAAAGGACUCUCUCUCGUCGCUGGUCGGGCGGAACAAGUGUCAAAUACGAAGACAAACGGAACAAGAUCGCAUGUUCAUAAAUCAGAACAGAAGCCAACUAGAGUUAGAACAGUGCUCAACGAAAAACAAUUACAUACUCUGAGGACGUGUUAUAAUGCAAAUCCGAGGCCGGAUGCUUUAAUGAAAGAACAACUUACUGAAAUGACAAACCUGAGUCCUCGUGUAAUCCGGGUGUGGUUUCAAAACAAACGCUGUAAAGACAAGAAACGGAGUAUACUGAUGAAACAAUUACAACACCAGCAGCAGGAAAAAAAUGGCGGACGGUUGCAUGGUCCACUUCAAGGAGUUCCAAUGGUCGCUUCAAGUCCCGUUAGACACGAAAGUCCCAUGCAAGCUAAUGCGGUAGAAGUGCAAAGCUACCAGCCACCGUGGAAGGCUCUCAGUGAUUUUGCCAUGCAAAGUGAACUUGAACACCCGCCAUUCCAACAACUGAUGAAUUCCUUUGACAUGGAGGAUAACCAUACGUAUCAUGAAGGCUAUGGUAACGAGUGGAUUCACCAUGACCAGCUGCCAGAUCAUAUGGAUCAUAUGGACCAGUACUCAGACUCUGAGUUCCCUGAGACACCAUCAGAAAUGUCAAGCCCACUAAGCCAAUAA